CUAUCGCGGCAGUUUUUCACCACAAAUUCAGUCAGUUGUCAAGAAUGGCUGUCACGGACAUAUCCAUUUGCGAUGAUUGUAGCGUAUCAUAACGGAUAUUACGCUCAGGUAAUCCGCUUUGGUACAUCUGCACUGGCAGACCUUGAAAAGAAACAAUUGAAACUGGAAAGCGGAUUAGCUGAAGGUGCGAGACAGCCUCCACGCGGUUCAGGCCAGUCCAUGGCAAUACUAUGCUGGAUGGCACGAGCUAUGGCAGAGUUGGGUGUAGAACAAGCUGUUCAUGGCUUGUCAGCUUGGGCUCGCCGCGUCUAUCAUAUCGAGAUGCCAUUCCUAGCCGCCAUUGCCGAGAUAGCUGCAGCAAG